AUGUCAAAUGGUAUCUUGCCGGGGGCUGUGGAGAUUGAGCAUUAUGCCCUUGAUAUGUUUCCGCUGUUUUCAGAGGCUCGAGCUAUGACCAUCACAUCUACCCAACACAAUAGAUGUAACGACAGUGCGGCAAUCCCGACUCGUCCUACGAACUUGUCACCAGCCGCCCUAGAUGCACCGCAAGCGAAUGACAGCGUUAAUUCUCCUUCCCAGCAGCCUGAGUAUCCUACUGUCUUAGUUCCAAGACCUGUCGCUGCAACUGGAGUCACAGGUCACCAGCGACAAAAAUCUGGCAAUCGAAGAAAUUUGGUACCCCCUGGACCCUACGAUUAUAUUCCUCAGUCCCCCUUUCGCAAUCGUGCUGCCGCCACAAAUACCAAUACAAACAACAACCUCAACUCUCUUUAUCGUAUAAACCGACGAUUCGGCCCUGGCCGUCUCUGGAAUCCGACUAAUUCGACCCCAAGAAUCUUAACCUCCCGACCACAACGAACAUCGCGGCAAUUUCAGCCAUCCCGCAAACGUCGUCCAUCCACGCCCCCACCCCCUUCUGUACCUGUCAACAACCCCACCAUACAAGUCUCGUCGGAUGCGAAUGAGACUAUAGGUUUUGGAGCAGGCGAUUAUCCACUUCUCUCACUACCCGAGCAAUCGAAGCGAGCUAGUCUAUCCAUUGAGGGCAGGACAAGUGGAGAUAAGAGAAUAAGCCUCCCUGCGUCGGUUCGGCACUCCUACGACGGGAAGCGCAUCUCUAAUCCCCUAUUUCUGCAAGAAACCGAAGCUGGUCCAUCGGAACCUAAGGCCGAAAAGUCCAUAACUACCGGACUGAGGAAGCGCGGCCAAAGCGUCACCAAACGGGCGCGAGCGAUAAGCUUCGGGCUUGUCCGGGCCGAAACUUCUGAAACUUCACCCAAGAAGAUUGACAAGGGAAAGGGAAAGGCCGUCAUGCCGCAGGUGGAGAAUGACGAUCCUGCGAGAUCAUUUUCUAAAGAUCUCGAGAGAGGACCCUCAGUUCUAAGUCGCCGGCAUAAUGGAUCAAAUUUGUCACUACCCGGUGGCAUUGGGUCAGCCACGACCUCAAGUAAUUCCUCUAUUAUGGGCGAUCCUGACCAACCAGACCUGGGCGAGGAAUGGGGUCCCCAACACCCGUGCUAUCCACAUCUAAAUCCGCACGUACCCAUAAAUUCACCAGAAUAUGCAAACACACGAAUUAUACGGAUUCGAAGAGAUUGGCUACUGGAAGGAGAUUUAGCCCCUGCAUUUUCCAACCUCUAUCCCGAGAUACUGGAUCCUGCAGGCGUGUCAGAACUGGAGUUCCGCCGAAUCAUAGAAAAGUUCAACCGAGAGCUAAUACCCAUAUAUAACCCCUAUAACUGGAGAAACAUUCUAGAUGGCAUAUUGGGUCUGCUUACUGGGUGGAUCUGGGAUGACCUUGGCUUCACAUAUGCCAAGACAAGGCUGCGUCACUUGGAUGCGUGGGUCGAUAAAUGGAAUAUAGAGAUGGAGAAGUCAGUAGGCUCAGACGAGAAUACUAUUCCUCCUAGAAUCAUCUCAUUGAGGCGUACGGGUUAUAUGAACCUCGACUUUCAAAUCUCAGAUCCCGAGAUCGCGCCUGCGUCAACGGAACCGUCGGGCUCAAGGUCAGGUCCAAAUAUGGCCGACUUCAAACCAGCAAUGUUGCCAGACUCUCCCAUCGAAGCAUAACGACCACCGUUCUCAUAUUUCUGUUCAUCUUUUGUACAAAUUUAACACCUUAUUCACUUCAUAACCCAAUUUAAUCGCACUCGA